AUGACUACAAACAUUUCAGAAAGCUUAAAUGCAGUUCUAAAAGAAUCUAGAGAUUUGCCUGUUGCAGCAUUACUCGAUUCUAUCAGACAAAUACUUCAAAAUUGGUUUUAUGAUCGAAGAAAAGUUGCAUGCUGUAUGAGAACUGUUUUAACUAGUUGGGCUGAGGGAGAAUUACGAAUUCAACAUCAAAACUCAAGAAACUUCACAGUUAAUGCUAUUAAUGAUGUUGAAUUUAUUGUACGGUUAGAUUGCAAAUCAUGUACCUGUUGCGUUUGGGAUCUUGAUGAAAUUCCAUGUGCCCACGCUCUUGCUGUUCUUCGUGGGCGUAAUAUGAAUACUUACUCUUUUGUUUCCAAGUAUUUUUUGUCAAGUACUUUGAUUUCAACUUAUACUGGAUCAGUUCGUCCGGUUGGGAACCAUGCUAAUUGGAAAUCUAUUGGGAUUGAGAAUAACAUACUACCUCCAACUUUCAAGCGUCGAGCAGGACGACCGAGAAAACAAAGAAUACUAUCAAUUGGCGAGAAGAAAAGUCACUUAAGAUGCAGCCAUUGUCAUCGUGUUGGUCACAAUCGUAGAAAUUGCAAAUUUCCACCAUUUUUACAAUGA